AUGCGUGUGGAGAGAAAAGCCUCGGGAGACCCGUACCCGGCUGAGUGGGUAACGUGGGGUCGGGGGUCAAACAGCGCGGCCUCAGGGUGGCAGCUGCCUGCCGGCCCCUCUUCUCGGCCCCUUGACCCUCGGACGCUCAGAGCCAUGGCGCUGCCGCUGCUGCAGGGCAACAGCUUCAACCGCGACGUGAUUAGUGAGGGCGCCCGAGUGGAGGAAACUGAGGCACAGAGUGAUGAGUCAGUCACUCACUGGCCAGAGCUACACAAUCUCAGUGGUGAAGCUGGGUUCCCUCCAGGCAACCAGUCUCCACAGCCCGGGAGCCUAAUCCGACGAGCCUUAAUACGCUUUGUGAAAGAGUUUGCUAUUAGAGUGAAGAAACCUGGCACUCCCAAGGCUGAAUUCCUGCCAAUGCGUCAUGCUUUGCAGGAGGCUAUUGCUCUGGUGUAUAUAAUCCUGGCAAAGUAUAAAGUUCAAGCAGCAAAUUCAGGAUACUGGUUACCUCUGGAGAGGGAGAUGGGAAAAGAGAAAUUCCACAAAUCUCAACAUUGGGGCUUUUGCAAAAAUGUUAGGAUGCUGGUGAGUGAAGAUAAACCAGGAAUAGGUGGAGAACUGCUUCUCGGACAAAAGAUAAACCCAAAACAUAGUGUAUUUCCUAAAGGAAUGGGAACUGAUUCACCAUCCUGGGUGGCUUUUGAUAAACAGGUAUUAUCUUUUGAUGCCUAUUUAGAAGAUGAAGUACCUGAUAAAAUUCAGGAAAACUAUAGAAUAAGAUGCUAUAAAAUCUACUUCUACCUUGAAGAUGACACAAUUCAAGUAAAUGAACCAGCAUUGAAAAAUAGCGGACUGCCUCAAGGAAUUUUUAUCCGGCGUCAUCGGAUUUCUCUCCCGCCUCCUGAUGAGGGUCAGUUUUAUACUGUGCCUCAUUUUAACAUCAACAUAGACAUUGUCUUUCAUGGUCGGACAUUCAAGAUUUAUGACUGUGAUACAUUCACAAAAAACUUUUUGAAGAAAAUAAGAGUCAGAUUAAACCCCCCGGGACAGUGUCCAGAAGAUCCUUAUCUGAAGACACGGAGAGAGAAGCUAGACUGCAUGGAACCCUUACAUCCCUAUGAGUCCUUCGACACUCUGAAACAGUUCCUUGAGUGUGAUAGGAAGGUUUUGCGUUUCUUCUGCCUGUGGGACGACUCAGGCUCAGUGUUUGGGGACCAUAGAGAACUCAUCCUGCAUUACUUUCUGUCUGAUGAUACCAUCGAAAUCAAAAGAGUAUUGCCACAUAACUCAGGAAGAGAUGCUACGUCAUCGUUCCUCCAGAGGAGGAAGCUGCCUAAGUAUGGCCCCCCUGGAGUCUAUCAACCAGGCCAGAUAACAGACCGGACAGUUCUCAGCGGAGAUGGUGGCUUGUCAGAGAACCGAGUGUAUGGCUGCCUGUUGGAUAAAUACAAGCUAGGAAAAGUAGACCAAGAGUUUUACAAAGAGAGUGACCUGUCCAUAGGAACCACCAUCAAUGUGUGGGGAAGGAAAGUGCUCCUUUGUGACUGUGAUGAAUUCAUGAAGACUUAUUGUAAGACUAAAUAUGGAAUUGAGAACUUUACCUCGAUUUCAUGCAAGGCCCCACCUCCUCCAAAUAUAGAAAGGAAAUUUCCACGUUACACCGGCUUUGGUUCUGAAGAGGAUUCUCUCUGCUCCUGCAUAGGCCUCGUGCCCACACCUCAUCAGAGGAACUUCAAGAAGUUCAUGGAAAAUGACAGAGCUCAAAAACCAAAUAAUGCCCAGAAAAGAGCAGAGGAAACGGUGAGAAUUCUGGAAAGGUAUACUGGUGGGAUGCUCUUAAAAAGAAUUCGUGUUAAGAAGCCUGGACAAGAAGUCUUUAAAAGUAAACUCUCAGAAUAUAUCAAGGCUGAGGAGCUGUAUGUUGGAGCCAAAGUGAACGUGAAUGGCUACCUAUUUCUUCUGGUCAGUGCUGAUGUGUAUACCUUAAACUACAUGGAGAGGAAUUCAGAUAAGUUUCCUAUGAGCAACAUUGAACUUGCCCUACAAAAGAUAAAACAAGAAGAAUCAAAAUCCAGAGAGCUCAAGCAGGUGUUUACAGCUGCUGAUUGCAUGCACACGAAGAUGGUGGAUUAUAAUACAUUCAGAGAAAUAAUGAUGAGUCUAACUGUCGGGAAACUCACAGACUAAGAAGUUAUAACCAUUGCACGUCACUACCGGGUGCCUGAGGACCCCCGUCCAGAUACGAAUGUCCUCACUGCACAGGCCCAUGAACAGCUCAAGAAAAAUACUUGUGAGAAUUUUGAAAGACUCAUUGCUACCUGUGUAUACCAAGAUCGGGAAAAGGAAAAAUUAUUACCCAGCAAAGACAUCAAAAGGCUGUGCAGGUCCUCCAGAUUACCUUUGAAUGAUGAUCUUCUGGGAUCCUUACUCUCCAGGUUUGAAGACAGUGAAAAACAAAUAAAUUACGAGUCAUUUUUCUGUGCCCUGAACUGGAGAGUGAAUCCGAUGCCCGAAUUGGAAGCAGAGGCAUUCUUGAAAGAGAAAUGUGAAGAUGAGUGGCUUGGGAUGCCAUCACCUAUUCCUGUGAAACGCAUUUACUAUUUAAACCUUUUAAAGGAUGUGUUUGGCUUGGAGGAUGAGUAA